UUUUAUUCCUCAGCAGUCUUCCUACAGCCUGGCAGAUUCAGUACUGCUGGAAAGUGGGGAUCUGUGGUUUGUUACAGACAGAGAAGAAAGGAGAGUUUAAGUGUUGCUUUAGGAGACAUGGCUUUGCUCUGGAUUCUUUUAUACAGAAAGAAGAUGUGUUUGCUGGCUCUGAGGGAAAAGAAAAAUUGUUAAAUCAGUGUGGAUAUGACUUGAAUUUUUCAUCAGGCUCUCAACACCAUUACUAGGGGUGAAGAAUGAUCUCCUUCCAGCUAGUUUUCCAGUAACUUCACAGGGGAAUUAAGGCAAGUUAAAGUUGGAAACAAACUCUUUCUGGCUAGAAAGCUGGUUGGAAGAUGCUUCAGGAUGGAUAAAGCUGUUCAGCAUCCCAGCGAAAUCCUGAAUCAAACUGUCUCUAAUAUUAGCCUUUUUCAGUUCUUGAACUUUGAUACAUGCCAGCUUUCCUCCCUUGCAGAAUUCUUACUUAUUACAGCUUACACAUUGGUUACACUAGUGGGGCUUGUUGGAAAUCUUUGCUUAAUUAUGAUAAUAAAGAGACGGAAAGAAGCUCAAAAUGUCACCAACAUUUUGAUUGCCAACCUCUCUUUAUCAGAUGUCUUGAUUUGUAUCAUGUGCAUUCCUGUCACAGUUGCAUAUACCUUAAUGGACCACUGGAUAUUUGGGGAAGCAAUGUGUAAAAUAGGCUCUUUCAUACAAAGUCUAUCUGUCUCAGUCUCCAUUUUCUCACUUGUACUCAUUGCUAUUGAGAGAUACCAGUUAAUUGUGAACCCACGGGGCUGGAAGCCUAAUAUUUCACAUGCUUAUUGGGGAAUUCUUCUUGUCUGGGGGCUUUCCCUCAUCAUAUCCACUCCUUUUUUAGUAUUCCACCAAAUAACAGAUGAACCCUUCAAACAUUUGUCUUUCUACAGUGAUUUCUACAAGAACAAGGUUGCUUGCAUCGAAGCGUGGCCGUCUCUUACAGAGAGACUGAUUUUCACCACCAGCCUCCUGGUUUUCCAGUACUGCUUCCCACUGGGGUUUAUUUUUGUCUGCUAUCUCAGGAUAUUUGUAUGUCUUAGACGGAGACAAAGUAAAAUAGACAGGAUGAGAGAGAAUGAGAACAGGCUGAGUGCAAACAAAAGGAUCAAUAUGAUGCUGAUAUCAAUGGUUGUGACCUUUGCAGCUUGCUGGUUGCCUCUCAAUAUAUUCAAUGUGGUUUUUGACUGGAACUAUGAGGCACUAAUGAGCUGUAAUCAUAACCUGGCAUUUACAAUCUGCCACCUUGUGGCCAUGAUCUCAACAUGUAUCAAUCCCAUCUUUUAUGGAUUUCUGAACAGGAACUUCCAGAAGGAUUUGGUAGUGUUAGCUCACCACUGCAGAUGCUCAGCAUCACAAGAGGAAUAUGAAAAUAUUGCCCUUUCAAACCUGCAAACAGAUGCAUCUAAGGGGUCUCUGAAGUUAAAUAAUCCCCAUGCGGAUAUAUAAAAUAAUCUAACUGCAGCUUCCAAAAUUCUGUAUUUUGCUGCAGAUGGCCUU